AUGCCCAUCUCGCGGGUGAAGCCGGAAACUAUCGCGCUGGAUCCGCGUGACAUCGAGGUCGACCACAUGGACGAAGACCUCUCCGUGGACAUCCGGCCCGUUAAGGCCACGCCUCGAGUCAUUCCGCAACCCCAGGAGCAGACUUUCAGCUUCCACGUCCAGGCCCCUGGGCGGGGAAAAGAUGUGGCCGCCUUCCUACAGGCGCCGCCGCUCCCCGUCGAAGACCUCCUCGCCACCCCCGCCUCCCCGGUUCAAGGCCCACUCCUGCCCGUUCGGAGCGCCCUCUCUGCUCAGAGCGUCCUCCCCGCUCAGGGCGCCCUCCCGCUAGCGACCGAAUCAAAUAUAAACAGCUUGAUGGCCGUCGAGACGAGCGCCGCCACGGGGCAGAGGGAAGGCAGAGGGGAGGCAGUGGACCCAUUAACCGAUGCCGCCGAGACCCAUUUCGCAAAGACCGAUGGCACUGCCACCGGAGCUACCUCGGACCCGAGACCGGUUCAGACCAGACCAUCGAACAACCCGCCUGCGGAGAUGGUGACCGGUCAGUUGCUCGGCCCGCAGAAGGACACCGAAAUGGAAGAGCCCCCCUGGAGCCAGACGCAAGGCACGGUGGCUAUUGCGCACGACACGGUGGAAAUUCAGGACCCGAGAAUUAAUAAAGUUAGUUCGAUGACUGGGCCGACGAGCAACCUCGCGCCAGAGGAAGGACCCGGUGGAGGGGGGUCAGGAGACGACAAAGCAGACCAGGUUGCGACCUUGCACCCGCCGAACGAGCCACUUGAGCCGACGCAAGUGGUAGAACCAACGCAGGUGGUAGAACCAACGCAGGUGAUAGAACCAACGCAGGUGAUAGAACCAACACAAGAGGUCGAAACGUGCCAAGCAACGGAAGUUGUGGACGCGGCGCAGGUCGUUGAGGUGACUCUAGAGGUGGAGCCAACGCAAGUUGUGGAGGCAAGUGAAGGGGUGGAGCCAACGCGAGUAGUGGACCCAACACAAGCGAUGGAGCCAACACAAGCGAUGGAGCCAGCCUCGCUAUUGCAGGCUGAACCUGCAGUCGAGCAUAGAAACCUUUCCCGGAACGAGGGUAUACAUGUUCGGGAAGUCGACCAGGUGCCGCGAGAGGCCGAGCGGGUGGAGCCAGCUAUCCUGCUACAAGAUGACUCCGGAAUUAGUCCUGUUGAAAUUCUGGCCUCGCCAAAAAAUAAAGUUCGUACACAACUCGUGUCGGCACAGUUCAUGUCCGUGUCACUAACAAGCAAGGAUGCGAUAGAGAACGCCUCGGGCGAACAAGACUCUCCAGUGCCGCCCGAGGAGCCGCCAACUCGCGACGACGUUGCGAUGGAUGUGGAACCGGUGGGUGGCGUGGAUGCUGCGAAGCCAGUGCGCGAUGACGACCAAAGCCACGACGCCGCAUCGGAGGCUGCAGCUGACUCCACGCCAGUCUCGGAGGCGCCGAUCGACACCCCGGCAAGGUUCAGAAACCAAGACCUUGCAGGAAAAGAUGAGCAGAUGCCCAGUCGAAUCGAAGAGGGAAUUAAAGAAGACGAUGCUGAACAGGAAGGCGAUGCUGAGAACGAGGAGACUGGAUCGGAGAGGCGAGGAAAGCAGGUGACUGGACCUGCCGAUGCGACCUCCGGCAAGGAAGACCCUGAGGAGGCAGCCGACGCCGUGGACAAAGUCGAAGCCCAAAUCAGCUCCCGCGGAGAAAAAGUCGAUGCCGAGACGAAAGUGGACAAGCAGGAGGCUGGCGGGUCUGAGCGGCCCGGUCCGGACCCGGAAGGAGGCGUCCUGAAGGAGGCCGGGAUCACGACGCAGGACGGGACUAAGGGACAUGUACAAGAAGAGAUCGACACCGGUGUUAAGAGGAAGUCGUCGGAGCAGAGUGGCUCGUCAGAGAGUGCGGGUCCUGAGACCAAGGCGGGAUCGAAGAAGCGGCCGAAGAAGGGGCCGAAGAGGGGGUCGAAGGAGAGGUUGAAGGAGGGGUCGAAGGAGGGGUCGGAGACAAAGGAGGGGUCGGACGACGCUUCCAAGGACGAAGGUGCCACGGCCGCGGCUGCCAAGGAAGAAGGCUCCAAGGAUGAAGUUUCCAAGGGAGAAAUUUCCAAGGACGCUGCGUCCAAGGAGACCCAGUUGAAGGAGAAGGAAUUGAAGGAGAAGGAAUUGAAGGAGGCGGAGGUUGAGGCGGAGCUGAAAGAGGCGGAGGUGAAGGAGGCGGACGCUGAGGCGGCACUGAAGGAGGCGGAGGCUGAGGCGGAGUCGAAGGAGGUGGGUUCGAAAGAGGAGGUGUCGGAGAGUACGAAGCGUGCGUCGAGUACGGAAGAGGAGCGUGGGUCGAAAGUCGCGGCGAAGGAGGGAUCCGAGUCGAGUUCGGAGCCGCGGUCACGCGGGAAGAGUCGGUUGCGACGGGGGGUGCGAAAGAGGAGUGCAGAAGAGGGGUCUCGGCGUGAGGCGAAGCGGUUGCGGAAGACUUCGCAACGGCGGGAGGUUGAGCGGCGUUCGCGGGUGGGUGCAGAAUGGGAAGCGGCAUUUGACGAGUUGUAUACAUUACAAAGCUGGGAGAAUAGUCGUAGGUGGGCGCAGCGGAGUGUUAGGACGGUGGCACAGGUCUGGAUGUCGGUUCCGGUGGCUGCUCCAACGCGGUAUGUAGGUGAAUUGGUAUGUUUGGCGCACGCCCAAGGAGUGUUGCCUUGGCGCAUUUUAGCUCCUAGUUUAACUAGUAUGCCGGCAGGAACUGAACGAGAGGCCUUUUUGGCACCCCCCAAGAGUCGGACCCAGCCGUUUGGUGCAGGGGUCCCUUUUGGUCUAGAGGUCCUAAUGAAUAUCCGGAACGAACAUGAGCACCACUGCUUCCUGCCUCUCGACCUCGUAGCACACUGUAUGGUCAAGGUGCUGCGGCAACUGGUGAUCAGCACACGAGCCGUGACCCCGCUGCUCGGCGGCAACUCGCUUGACUUCGCCACCUUCUGUCCCACACUUUCCACACAACUCGCUCUACUUGGUCUAGACAAGUCACCCGAAGUCGUACUCAGGGCCUGCGUGCCGGAAGUGUGGAAAAAGAUGAAGAAACUUUGUCUACCCAAAACUGACAACUCAACACGGUCCACCUCACUCAGGUCCACCACUCUACGAUCUACUACUCUACGCUCAUCCAGGCGACAGGGUGGCGGAGCGGCUACCGCUCCGGCCGAGCAGUUCUCAUACGAAGAAGUCCAGGAGUUUAUUCAGCUCCUCGACCAGUACGAGGCCGGACUAGCCGAACUGCGGGAAAAAAUCAAGGGCUGCAUCAGUCGAGAAACCGUCACGGAAAAAAAAGUCGCUCCCGUCAAAGCUCCGCGAGACUUCAAACGAGGAGAUGUCAUUUAUGCUGACGUGGAAGCUACUCUUCUUCUAGCAUACUCUGCAGCUCUGCGGAUCGAGUGCUACAAAUAUUAUGGAGUCAUCCCUGGCAUGGUCGAAUACGACUUUGAUUCGGAGCUAGAAAAAAUUAAUCCCAAGGAAGAAGACUUAGACAAAGUCCUUAUCGAAAAGGCGGAGUCUCUCAAAGUUGGAACCGCGUGGAGGGACAUCAAACGAGAAAACCAGCGCGUUCUAGACACCCGGAUACAAGUCUUCUUUGACUUCACUCUAACCCAUCAUGAACAAGACUGGCUGAUGGCCGCCGACCCACUUGAAUACGAAGCGCCAAGUAAAAAAUCGUCUUCUAAGAUCGCGCGAACCAUCCGCAAAAACGAAGAUAUCAUCCGCUUAAUCAACCGGGCCAUCAGCCAACACGACGAGGCGGACAGCCAACACGAUGAAGCCAACAAGAAGAAACCUAUCCCUAACAUAGCAAUGGAUCUUAAACUUCAAUCACUCCUCAAACUCCUUUUGAACGACGACGAUUCUUUCAAAGACAGUCCGCGAACAAAAUCGGACAAGCCCUGGAUUGACUGGUCUUCCGCGCGGAGGAAGAGGCAGUGCCUGCAAUUUGUAGCAUCAAAAGAUAUUAAACAAGGUGAUAUUUUGAGUUUGGAUAAUCCCUCCAAGAUUAAACCGGUUGACUUGGAGUACUUCCAAGAGUGA